AGCGAACCAGACAGUCAGGCGUUGGCAGCGGUGGUGUGUGUACGUGUGUGUAGACCUUCCCCCACACGCACACUCACACGCACACACACACGCACACGUACACACACAUACAAACAGAAGGAAGGAAGGAGAGAACAGGAAAUUAUAAGCAAGAAAUCAAGAAAAUAAUAUAGAGAUUAAGAAAGUGUGUCCUCGUAUAAGAAAAUUAAAUUGUUUCUUAUCUGCGUCUCAAGAUAAUUAAGAUAAGUGAAUUUGCGAGCCUCUGAAGUUACUUAAAUGAACCUAGAACAAGAUACAGAACCCGUUAAGUAAUUCCUCGAACUUUGAAAAAUAAAGAUAAAAAAACAAUAACGAAAACAAGAGUGAUUUAAAAGGUUCUUGACGUUAAUGAAGAAUAGAAGAAGUUAAUAGACAAGAUAGAUUUAAUAAUAGACAAAGUAAGAAAUUGAUAGAGAAAAGGAAAAGAGAAAUUAGAACAAGGAGGAAAAUAAUGAGUUUGUGGAUACUGAAAUAAAGUUAAUAAAUGUGUUAGAAGAAGAAGAAGAGGAAGAAGAAGAGGAAGAAGAGGAGAAGAAGGAAGGAAGAGAAGAAGAAAGAGAGGAAGAAGAGGAAAGAAAAAAUCAGAACAGGAAGAAAAAAGUGAAUUUGUGAAUAGCGAAAAAAAAUAAUAAAAGAAGAAGAAGAAGAAGAAGAAGAAGAAGAAGAAGAAGAAGAAGAAGAAGAAGAAGAAGAAGAAAAAGAAGAAUAAAAGAGAAAAUUAAUAAAAAAUAAUAAAGAAAUAAAAUAGUUUGACCCAAAAACGGAGUCUGGGGUGCGUUACUUCACUCACCCGGACGGUUUUUUCCUCCUUGAUCCUUUCUCUCUCUCUCUCUCUCUCUCUCUCUCUCUCUCUCUCUCUGAAAUAAAGAAAAAAAAAAAAGAAAACAACAAAAACAAGAGGAAGAAGAGGAAGGAAAGAGGAAAUAAGAGGCAAAAGUGAAUAGAGAGGAAGAAGAAGAGGAAGAAGAAGAGGAGGAGGAAAUCAAGAGGAAGAGGAAGAGGAAGAGGAAUUCAAGAGUACCAAUUCUUGCGUUAAGGAAAUUCUAAGGCGUGAGAGAUCUGACCUUCAACCUCGUGUGUGUGUGUGUGGCAUGUGAGAGGCACGGGGGCGCCAUGCUGCCAUCACGCCCUUCCCUGCUGCUGCUGCUGCUGCUGCCCCUGCUGCUGCUGUGCCCGGCGGGGGGCGCGGCGGACAGCCUCAGGCCUGAGACGGAGGCGGCGGCGGAGGUGGAGGCGCCCGCAGCCCACGAUGACGCGGCGACGGUGAAGGAGGCGGCGGAGGAGACGGCGACGGAGACCUCGGUGGCGGGCCGCUCCCUGGCCGCGGGGGCGAGGGUGCCGGCGCUGCCCCUGGACGCGGACUCAGCGCAGCAGUACAACUACGUGCUGGAGGGCGCGGCUGCGGGUCCUGGCGGCGACGCGGCGGGCGUGCGCAAGUGCUGCGAGCCUGGCUUCUUCUUCAGCACGCAGAGCCAGCAGUGCGAGGCGGCGGGCGGCGAGGACACGGGCUUCGAGGUGGCGGCGCGGCACCUGCGGCAGGUGGACGCGGGCGGGCAGGGCGCGCUGCGCGUGGUGCCGGGGAAGCUGUCGCCCUGCCCCGGCACGGGCGGGCCGCCCGUCAUCAGUGAGGUGUCGCUGGACUCGCACCUGCUGCUGGAGGGCGGCCACCUGCGCAGCGACGUGACGGGCUACGACCACGACCACGACCACUACUGCCUCGAGAUGGCGGCGCCGGACGCGGACCUGCUGCUGGGCGGCGGCGGCGUGCUGGUGGCGGCGCAGUGCGUGCCGUGGCCGCAGAAGGUCCUGGCGCGGAAGUGCUGCCCGCUGGACCACUACUACGACCACGCGCUGGGCCACUGCCGGCCCUCGCUGGCCAACAUGAGUGACGCCGUCACGCUGGUGCGGGAGUUCAUUCACCUCGACGACGGCGGCGGCGCGGACGUGCGCGUCACCACGGGCAAGCUGCUCUGCAACCGCGGCACGCCGCGCCUGGUGGUGGCCGACCAGGCCUUCCUGGACGCCAGCAGCAACCUGUGCGAGCGGCUGAGCGACAAGUGCCACGACACGGCCUCCUACUGCGUGGAGUACAUGUGGGCGGCGGGCGACACCACCAUGACGGCCGUGGCCUCCGUCUGCCCCGUCGAGGCCUUCCACAAGUGCUGUCCCGGCGGCCACGUGCUGACGGACGAGGGAUGCGCCCCCGGCGACGUGUCGGCGCGCAUGCGGCAGCUGCUGGAGGUGCUGGAUCCCCACUACGGCUUCCCCACGGAGAACGGCGGCGAACUGUGCGUGCAGGAGCUGAUCACGCCCGACGACGACGACGUGCAGUGGUGGAUCAGCAAGAGCGGCUACCUGUCCGUGGACACGCGCGGCGACAGCCACGACACCAUGCGCUACUGCGUGGACGACUACCUGGGGCCCGCCAACCGCUCACAGACCGUGGCCGUGCUGUGCCACGCCGAGCUGGAGGAGCUGGUGCACGUGCACCUGUCCCUGCACCCCAGCCAGGCCGGCAGCGUGGGCAAGUGCUGCCCGCACGGCCACUACUUCAGCGCCGCCUCGGGCUCCUGCCGCCCCGACGAGCUGGGCCUGGAGCUGCUGCAGCACCCGCAGGUCAUCGCCGCCAACGUGACCAAGCUGACCUUCACGUCCUUCCCGGAGUGCCAGGCGGCGGGCGGCUACCACCACUACUACGUGGGCCGCGGCGCCCUGGACGACGACCACGCGCUGCUCACGCCCGACCACUUGCUGGAGGUGGUGGCGCUGGAGUCCGGCUGCGAGUUCACGCGCCACGCCUUCCCGCGCCACGCCUACUGCCUCGAGUACACGGUGGACGGCGGCGGCGUGCGGCGGCCCGGCGUGCUGGUCUGCCCCGGCGCGUGGCGCGGCUACAACCUGCACACGGAGAAGUUCGGCCUCACCGGCAUCCUGCUCGGCGUGUCCUGCGCGGCGCUCUUCGCCACCGCCGCCUCGCUCAUCUCCACGCGCGUCAGGCGCGGCCUCGUCACCGUCAAGAAGGUGAACACGCUGGCGGGCCGCAUCUUGCUGAGCUACGUGCUGAGCUACCUGGUGGGCUUCCUGCUGCUGAUGGUCAACAUGAAGGUGGAGGUGGAGGAGGGCAACAACGAGUGCCAGGUCAUGGCCUGGCUCCUCAUCUUCUUCCUGCUGGCCGGCUUUCAGUGGAACACCUCGAUCUGCCUCGAGUCUCUGCUGCUGACGCUGCACGUGGAGACCUCAGAGAACCUUCGCUACCUGUAUCAUUCCCUGUGGGCAUGGGGGGCGCCUGCUGUCAUCGCCUCCCUCGCCCUCACCCUCGACCACUACCGCCAAUCCCUCCCCUGCAGCGUGGUCACUCCGAAGGUGGGACUCUACAGGUGUUUUUUCUCAGACCCGACGGCGACGCUGCUGUACUUCUUCCUGCCGAUGCUCCUGACGCUGGUGGCAAACAUGGUGCUGCUCCUGGUCAGCCGCUACGUGAGGGCAGAGAAGCUGAGGCGCCUUGAGGGAGGGCCGGCGCGGAACAACGAUCGAGAAGGGGGCACUGAGAUGCAAGGGAGAACAGACCCCAGCAAGCCCCCCUCGGCCCCCUCCCCCGUCCCCGCCCCCCGCGCCCCCGCCCCGAAGCGUCAAGCCCCCACCUCUGGUCUACGGGUCCAUCACACGAGGAAUACGUGGCUGGAGUCCGUCAAGCUGGUGGUCUGGUCGGGGGUCACCUGGCUGCUCGAGGUGGCCAGCUUCGUCAUCACAAAAUAUAUGGUGAACCCUUCUGAAUCCUGGUACGACUACUUAUGGUACGUCCCCUCCUCCGUGAACGCCCUUAGAGGAGUUGGAAUCUUCGUCAUCCUGGUGCUAACGCCGGAGAGGAGGAUUCAGAUAAGGCGGACGCUCUUAGGACUCGCGCGACAGUCCGGGGUGCACGCGUUCUCCAAGUCCAGGAACGGCGAGGCGAGCAGCACGUUCGGCCGGCACGGAUCCGACAUGCCGUCCUCCGGUGCUAUCUCGGAGGUACGCUUAAGGCCAGAAGGAGGAGGAGGAGGGAGUUUAGGAGGUGCGCAGAGGCGGAGAAACAUGUCAAUAGCAACCACCCUUACCCAGCUGUCGUCCAUUCGAAGCUCACGUUCAGAUUCCCGCUCAGAUGACAGUCACCACCACGCCAACGCUAGCAACGCCCCAUCCAACGCCUCCUCAUCCGCCCCCUGUCCGUCCCACCCCCACCUGGCGACGUCUGUUAGCCAGCUGGACACUCGCCGGAGCUCCGUGUCCUCGCAGUCCUCGGAUGGCGAUGGAUCGGAAUUGGACAUUGAGGCGACCGGACCCGCUGGAGGACGGCGCAGGUCAUCGCUAGCCACCUUCGGGGUCGUGGCCCUCCCCAGCGUCCACGAGGAGGAGGAUGGCCCGCCCUCGCUGGUCCCCGAUAACGUCUCCGAAGCCUAGGGACACGCACACACACAGACAGACACACAGACAUACGGACAGACAGACAGGACUUGAAAAUAACGAGAAACAGACAUACACACAGACAGACACACAGACAUACGGACAGACAGACAGGACUUGAAAAUAACGAGAAACAGACAUACAAACACACAGACAGACACACAGACAUACGGACAGACAGACAGGACUUGAAAAUAACGAGAAACAGACAUACAAACACACAGACAGACACACAGACAUACGGACAGACAGACAGGACUUGAAAAUAACGAGAAACAGACAUACAAACACACAGACAGACACACAGACAUACGGACAGACAGACAGGACUUGAAAAUAACGAGAAACAGACAUACAAACACACAGACAGACACACAGACAUACGGACAGACAGACAGGACUUGAAAAUAACGAGAAA